GCUCCCCACAUCGAGACGGGCUUCUCCUGCUCCCCCUCAAGAGUUUAGGAUACAAUUGUAUUAUAUAAUAUUAUGUUUAUUGCUGUACAGCUUUUGUACGUUAUCGAGGGGAUGAAGAAGAGGCUGUAAAAUACUCAGAGUGUAGCGACACAAGGAGCUGUUAGCUGUCAAAAUCAAAAGUGAAAGUGUUUUCGCAGCAGUUAUUUUACUUUUUUUCUCCGUGAUGAUGAUUGAAGCAAUAUUGUUUGGAUGUUUCCUGACGAGCGUUUGUGCUAAUGGAGUUGCAGAUGUAGUACUUUCCUGUUCCUUGGUGGAGGAGGGAGUUGGAAUGGGUGGAAUGGGAGGUGGCUCCCCCUUCACACGGACUCCAGCCACUCUUGUCUUAAGAGACAUUGCAGUGGGUCCUGACGAAUCACUCGAAACACUCACUCCGUUUGUCCCGCCUUCAAUCCCUGAUCCAGAUGCCAUCCUGUUAGAAGCCAAAGUCACAUCACCUGAGAUCCCCAAUGCAGAUGUGUUGCUCCAUGCAGACUGCAAUGAGAAGGAGGUGAUGUGCGAGAUGAGCCGUUACUCCCCUCGUGGAUCCCAAGAAAGUUCAGAUCCAGCUUAUUUCAUGGUGGCCCUUAAUGUGGAGGGAGUUGAGUUCAGCACUGUGUUGAUUCUGCAGACUUUGACAGUGAAGAAAGACCAGUCAACCCUCAUACAAAAAAAACUGGAUCUGCCUCUUAGCCAGUCGGGAACUCUUCUCACUGAGGUGAUAUUCCUCGUAUUUUCCCACAUAAAGUCUGUAUCUGCCCCUCUGAGAGGUGAUGCUCUCCUUAAAUGUGGCUUCAAGCAACAGGAGACACCUUUAGCUCAGGAGGUGGGCGUUGAGUGGCGACUGCAGCACAGAGGAAAAGGGCGGAAAGUGCUUGAAAUGAAGACAAGGCUGGAUGAUGCAGAAGGGAGCACAGUGGUGUUUGCAGAAAGGACGGGCUCAAGCAUAGAAGCCACUCAGGUUGUCGGUGAGGGUGACGCCUCUUUGACUCUGAACAAGCUGAAAAUUUUAGAUGAAGGGACGUACAUCUGUACUGUCAGUAUAGGCCAUUUUCAUGCCCAGCAGGUCAUUCAACUCCACGUCAUUCAACCACCCGAAGUUUCACUCUCAGAGGAGAAGUUGGUUUUGAAGGCAAAUUCACCCCAGACACUGAGCUGCCACUGCGCCAAAUACUAUCCACUGGAUUCCCAGAUGGAAUGGUCAUUCCUCUCUCCUACAGACACAGAGCCUACAGUGUUUCAAGAUCAGGGCUCUCUGUCCAGCCAUCGACAGCACGGUGAUGGGACUUAUUCCCAGUCAUCUCACCUCACCGUGCCAUCCAGUGUCUCACCUGGAACUAAAAUCACCUGCACGGUGUCCCACCUGGCCCUAGACGCUCCAAUCUCUGUCAGUCUGGUGGUAGAAAGUCCACAACCAGAUUCCUAUUGGUGGGUUUUGGGUUUCCUGGUCGUCACUGUGAUUUUCUUCUACCAGGUCAUGAGAUAAGUUAGACUGAGAUAGCCUAGUAGAUAAUCCUGACUUGAAACUGCGCCCAGAAUAACUUCUUUUGUGUCAUUUGUGUGUCUGUAAGGUCUCUUUUUGCCUUCUACUGAACUGAAAAAUUCAGGGAAAAAAUGAAUGUAUUUGAAGAUUUAGCUGCAUCAUUUAUGCAUUCAAGCAGGGCCAUGAAUCGUGCAUGAUCUCCACGGGGAAACUGGGUUCAAUUUUUCCAUGGAGACUUCGCUUGUAGCUUGAAUGUAAUAGAUGUUCAUUAUUAUGUGAAGAAAAAAUUCUGCACUCCAGUUUUUACUGUACAGUUUGCACGUAACUAAAUUUAGGUUGGAGCACACAGGCAGUGGGCACUCUCAGCUUUUUUGCAUUACUGGACCACACCAAUUUUAUUUUGUUAGCAAAUAUCAAAUCAGUGUAUGUGCAGUCAAAUAUAUAUUAUUUUAUAAAAACUCGACCCCUUCUGCUUUAAUGUUUAGAGUUAUACAUGAUUUAUGAUGCUGUUGUCCAAAGUUGCAUAGAUCCUGCACAAGAAGAGCAACUUAAAGCGAAUACAACUGAAGUCAGCUAUUAUACAGAUUAUUGGUCUGAUUGAAACAGGAUAAAGUUAUCCAGACCUUAUGUUCACAGGAUCUUUGCUGCUUUGUUCCACUGAACAGUAUCAAAGUGGGAAACAGGGCCAUCAACCUUUUAUCUGCUGUAACUUGCAACAGCUGAUAUAUACUGUAAAUCGAUGUGUUUCUUCAAAGCCUUUUAACCUUUAAAACCCCAAUGACCUGUAAGAUGGUUAUUACAAACAUCCAAGCAAUGUUGAAACCGACAGAACUUUGUUUGAACUUGCUGAGAUCACAAAUAUAAAUUUUCUAGGAAAAUAUGUAUAAAAUGAACAUCUAGAAUAUGUCCAUGUGAUGGGGUGUCGCAACUAGAAAAGGUUUUGGGUUUGAAUAUUUGAGUGUAAAACUAUGUGUACAGUGAUUAGAGAAAUGUCCCUGUUGUUCCUGUUGGAGUUUAUUUUGUUCUAUUGUUUUCAUUGGUACUAUUUUAAAUUAAUGUUAUGGCUUCUUGCUUGUCGUUGGUGUGUGAUAUUGAUAUUGUUACUUCAGAUUCUAUGACCCAGCGACAUUAUUUAAGGUAUUUAAUAUCAUCGAUGUGUGUACAUUUCUUGAAUUACAUCUGGACACUGAUCCAAGCUCUGAAGACAAAUCACAGGAUAUCUCUUUUGUAGAAAGAUUUCAGUCAGAAUCUGCUUAUUGUAAUGAGAAAGCAUCACAUGAGGUAGAGUACACUGUAGUAAAACAUUUUCUAACAAGGUCUAAAUUGGCUCAAUAUGUUGAGAGAAUAUAAUAAAGGUCAUCACUCAGUUCUGUUGAUGAUUUAUUUAUUGGCAUCAGCAAAAGUGGUAAGCAUGCAUUUGUUUUUUUUCUCGCAAAUCCAGUUGCAUUUCUUACUGCUUUUUCAGGUUGUAAAUCACAAAACAUGUUCUCAUAUCUCACGUGGUAAUUACCUAAUAAUAUUGUUGCACAGUAUCAUCAGAUAAUUAUGGCUAACUGCUACAAGUAUGCAUAAAUUCAUUUUGCACAUAAAGUUGUUCAUAUUUUCUUAAUUUGAUCAACUCUCAAAAUCAGUCCAAAGAGAGGAAAAUUAGCUUUUCUAUUAUAUCCAACAACCCCCCCUCCCCCUGAAAACCUGAAUGAAUUUAUAAAGACAUUUUCAGGAGCAUAUUCUGACAGAUGUGUACUAUUGUUCUAUCCAUACAAUACUACGUUUUUAACAGUUCACUAUUAGUAGCAGUUGUUUGCAGUCUCUGAAUAUUAUUUUUCUCUCAAAAGCAAGUGAAAUUAACCAAAUUUGGCAAACUCUUGAGCAUCAUUGCAUUGCAUAAGCAGUAAUUAUCAGAUCAGAAAGACAUUAUACACAGGUCCUUUAAACCACUAACAAAAGAAAAUGUACAAUCGGCAGUUAGAUUCAGAAAUGGCAGAUACACAGGUCACACAAAAAGGCAAAACUAUGGACACCGUUUGCCAUGCAAGUUAGAAACAAACACCUCAUUUUGGCCGUUACCAUACUGCAGGUGACAGGUGAGUCUGUUUUUAUAUGAGUGGGAGGGGAGGGGGAGUGGGAGAGCCAGGUGGCUCUGGGUCGCUAAAUCAUGUCCUUUCUCCCAUUUUCCUGCUUUUUGACAAUCAGGUCAACUUAAACAACAAAUGCUUUGUCUGCACAAGUUUCCAAACAAGUUGGCAUUUGUACCUGUUUGAAAUGUGACGCUACACAUUCAUCUGUCUAUGGCUGUGACUCUGUCCACAUCAGAGUUAAGAGACCUUCCUCUGGGUCGGAGCACUCAGUUCAUGUAUACAGUAGAUUGUCGGUUAGUGGCUGCUUGUC